AUGGUACCCACGGGCAACCCCGAGGGGGGUCUUUUUCCCCGGACUAAGCCCACGAAUACCCCCAGUUCUCAUCCAACCAGGGAUCAGUUCCAGGGGGCUAUUCGAGAAGCUAUAUCCGGGACCCAGCCAAUUCUACAGAAGCUUGUCGCUUUGAACAACAAAACAAACAUCCUCUCCCGACCGACCGUUCAUGACUACACGCAAUGGACCAAAGAAGAUACUGAGCCACCGACGAUCGACUCAAUCUCUCGCGUCUUCCGCGCUGUCAGCGGAGACAUCGCAACGUCCGCAUGCAACAAAGCUAUCAAAGAAGCUGGCCUUGCACCAAACGAUAUCACACACGUCGUGGCAGUAACAUGCACAGAUCAAGGCAACCCUGGCUAUGACCUGUUUGUGUGUCAGAAACUCGGUCUACGUCCGGAAGUACAACGCGUCUUACUCCAGGGGGUGGGUUGUGCUGGCGGUCUCUCUGCACUGCGUACAGCUGCCGGCAUAGUAGCCGCAUCAUCGCAGAAGCAUCGACCAGCUCGCGUUCUAGUAAUGACUUGUGAGCUGUGUAGCCUUUUCCUUCGGGCUGAGCUACAGGCUGCCAUUCGAGACGGCGACAGCUUGCAUGUAGCUCCGGCGUUGUUCUCAGAUGCUGCGGCAGCCUUGGUGGUCUGUAACGGGGAUGCGCUUGGGGAAGCCCAGAAACCGAUCUUCGAGCUUGAGGAGUAUGGAAGCAUGGCAGUGCCAGGCACGUCGGGCUACAUGUCAUAUGACAUCGAGAAGAAUGGCAUGAUAGCUAGAAUCACCAAAGAUGUUCCGAAAGCCGCCGUCAGCGCUAUCAUCCCCAUGUUCAAGCAACUUCAGAGCGCAUCGAGCAGUUCGCAUGGUCAUGGAUUUCCGGCCCACUACUCCCCGCUAUCCACCUUCGACUGGGCGAUUCAUCCUGGUGGCGCCGCAAUUCUAGAGGGUGCAAAGCAAGCCCUUCAACUUACCGAUGACCAUAUCAAAGCCUCACUCGACGUAUAUAGGAAUUACGGCAACUCAUCAAGCUCAACGGUGCUCAUAGUCUUGGACAAGCUCCGAAAUAUGGGCAAGGGCAGGGAUAAGGUGGUAGCGACCAGCUUUGGUCCUGGCCUUAGUAUCGAGAUGUGCAUCCUGAAGCGGUCUAGGCAUUCACUAGGAUCAGUGUUCACUAUGGUACAGCGGCAUAGCAAGAUCUGCGCGGUGUGGCUGUCCUUGAUUUCAAAGCUCUCUAGGGGAGUGUCGCGAAGGGAACCUGCAGUCAAGAAGAUGGACGAGUAG